AUGACGCUGAACGAGGUGGGGCCGAGCGCAGAGGCGCUCGCAGAGCUCGCCACUCUGGACGAUGACCUCAAUUCCGAGGACCUUGAUCGACUGGAAGAGGAGGCCGAGCAAGAAAUGAUGGAAGAGCUUGAGCGCGAAGGCGUGCAAGGCGCCGCUGAGCUCGCAGAAGAAGGCGCCUCGAGCUCGAGCGAGCCCGAGUACGGCCCGCUUUCGCGCGAAGAGGUCAGCGACGUGAUUCACGAUUUGCGCGAGCACGGAAUCCUCGUGUGCUUGCAGCGGCAUGUGGUGUCGCAGCCAGAAAAGAUUGUGCCGCUCCUCCUCUCUCUCGGCGUGAUGCUGCCACGAAACGUGCUCGAAGAAGCGGAAUCGAAUCCAUAUGCGGUACUCCCUCUGCUCAAGAUGGUGCUCACCCGAAUUCUCCGGCAGCGGCAAAAACUCGACGAAUUUAAUACACUCGAGGACGUACUGCGCCUCUUGCGCACCUCGAAAAAGAUUGUCGUGCUAUGUGGUGCAGGGAUUUCUGUAUCCUGCGGCAUCCCCGACUUUCGUUCGAAAGACGGCAUUUACGCGAUCCUUGCGCAGGAAGAAAAGUACGAGCUGGACGAUCCCUCGGACAUGUUUGACAAGGAAGUCUUUUUGCGCGAUCCGUCGCUCUUUUACUCGUUUGCCCACUCGAUUUAUCCGGCCAACUUUCAGCCUUCGGCGUCGCACUACUUUGUCAAGCAAUUGGAAGAGCGGGGUAAGCUCCUGCGCAUGUACUCGCAGAAUAUCGACACGCUCGAGCAGAAAGCGGGAAUCUCGCGCGUGCUCCAGUGCCAUGGUUCGUUUGCGACGGCGACGUGCACGGACCCCUCAUGUGGGUACAAGGUGGAUGGGAGCGUGAUCCGCGACGAUCUCCUUGCGAAGCGUAUACCGGCGUGCCCCAGGUGCACGGCGCGCCGUGAAGAUGCGGACGCGCGCCGGCGUGCGAAGCGGCCCAAGACCUCGGCCAUGUGGGGCGGUGACGAGUCGGAAGACGAGUCGGACCUCGCGUACGGCAUCAUGAAGCCCGACAUUACCUUUUUUGGCGAAAAGCUCCCUGACGAGUUUGACCGGUGUGUGUUUGCAGACCGCGAGGAGGUCGAUCUGAUCCUCGUGAUGGGCACGUCGCUCAAGGUCGCACCGGUCGCCGAUCUAUUGACGCAUCUCCCUUCGAACGUGCCCGUGGUGCUGCUGAAUCGGACUCCGAUUACCCACAUGGCCAUGGACGUGAUGCUGUUGGGCGACUCGGACGGCAUUGUGCAGUACCUCGGCAAAGAGCUGGGCUGGGAGGGCAGCCACAGCGAUGCACAGCCCGAGCGCGUGGGCGAGAGCCAUGUGUACAAGUUUCCCGGUGCCGACGGCGGGUGGUACGUCGACCAACUAGAAGGGCGCGACGAGGACGAAAGCGACGUGGAACACGCAAGCGGCGAAGUCGUAAAAGACACUCCGGUCAUCUCCCCUAUUCCCCUCAUCGUCUCGGCGGACACGCCCUAG